CCCGACAGGUCGCGGCACGUCGCGCCAGCUUGUCCGGGCACAUCUAGUCCAUUUGGCUAGGACUGAGAUGCUCGUAAUGAGCACAGCAAGCCAGCGGCAAAGCUCCGCGCAACGGGCAAUUCACAACUCGAACACCUCAGCUACUCGUGACAGUUUGCCCAGUGCAUCAUUUGCCAUGAACCCGUCGUGUGUGUGCUUUCUACGUUUGCUCCAAUGCGCUGUGGCGGUGGUGGCAAUGGUGUCCCUCUGUGGCAUCUUCCACCCUGUCAAGGUGCCAGGCCAACCCUCGCUUAUCCUUGAAACGUCCUACUCCGUCAAUGCAGCUGUUCUCAUGACGACCUCGGCUGCCAUGUACAGCGGGAUCUUGUGUGUGUUGCUAUCACGCCCGUCCCUGUCUCGUCUGAGCCCUACCAGAAGAUUCGAAAUGACUGUCGACAUUGCGCUGUCGAUCCUUUUGCUUUUGGUGGCUAUUGUGCUCAUGGACAGCGACGACUUGUACCAUUGCCACGAAAGCAUCUACGUGCGAUGCCGUCGAUUUGUUGCAUCCAUUGCGUUGACGAUGUUCGUUUCCUUGUUAUUCGGGAUCUCUGCGGGGCUCGCGCUGUUUGAAUUGCCUACAGCGAUCGAGAUGGCGGCGCCGGUCCCGGAGACGCCCGUUGGUCCGGUGCCCAAGGAGCAUCGCUUCCACGCAGCGACAACGCAGUAGAUGUCGCGCAGAAUAUCGUUGACAAGGAAUUGUCCAAUCAAAUGGCUUGAUUUGC